AUGUGUCCUGAUUCAAAGAGUGAUGCGGAUGACCACAGAGCGUCCAUCCCAAAGGCGUUCCGCUCUGAGAAUCUAGACUUCCGUAGCUACAAUUUUAAAGAAGAUGAUGAGUUCUUUCAUUCUUUUCAAACAUCUUCGUCUUCAAUCAUCAACUGGUGUGCAUCAACCCCACGGCCGAUGGACGUUAAUUUCACCUCCCGCGUUGCCAAACACCUCCAGAGGAGAUCACAUUUGUUUGUGAUUGCCUACAUAAACAAUGAGUACUACUGCGGUUUUCCCAUUGGUACAAUUUUCUUGAAAUCAUCUCAUCGAGAUAUGGUCCAUCAUCGAUGCUCCCAGUUGGAAGUCAGCAUCGAGAAGGAGCACCGACAUUAUGAAGCUGAGGCGAUCAACUGGGCUUUGAAGUGGGCAUUUAACAGUGCCAAUCUACACCGGGUAGAGGUGAAUAUUCCGUCGUGGAAUUUGCGAAUGGGCAAGCUAUGUGAUGAGGUCGGGUUCCACACAGAGGGAGAAAGGAAAGAAUGUUACUUCAAGGAUGGUGAGUGGUGGAACGAAGUGAACAUGUCUAUGCUGAAGAAGGACUGGGAGGAACGUCAGCCCCAGACGAAGAGGUAG